AUGGCCAUCAAGCACGCCGCCUGGACGCACGGCUCCGACAUCCAGCUCGAGAGCCUCUCCUGGCGCGCUCUACGCCAGGGCUACUGGACAACCUUUUAUCGGAGGGAUGUCCCGGGUGACCCGCAGGUUCUUUGGGGGACGAACAUCUCGUUAGGUAUUGAGUUUGAGGGGGAUGGAGCGGAUGCUUGGGUUGCGCUGGUUUCGGCGGGCAUUGACUUUUAUGCUUAG